CCCGUUCGGCGCAUUGGAUUCGCGGGCGCGUCAGGCUCGUUCGAAGAGGCGUCUGAAGCUGACGAGUCGCCGAAGUGUACCGGAGCUUCUCUUUGGGAAAGUCGCAAUCGACGCUCGGCGGCUCGGCUCUGAGCUCGUACUUUUCUCCUCCCGGGUAUACCGUGCCGAUGAACGAAUUUGAAAAAGCGCUAGCGAGUGACUUUGUGACGCCGCCCAACUGUCCUUCUAUCAACGGCGCAGAGCAAAUGAUGUACAGAAAAAAAAAAAAAAAACGCGUUUUUUAUAUUUUGUUGGCUAUGUUUCACCUCAACACAAAGUGAAUCGCGGCUGUACGUCGGUUGACUCAUUAUUGUGCCUAGAUUGUAACGGAACCUUUUUGGUGUGAUCUUAUUCUGAUAUCGUUAUAUCUCGCCUUUUCAUCUUGGCUGCACACCUCUAGACGACAUUCUACACAUUGCACUCCUUGUCGAAAUGUCGCUGGUGCUUGAGACUAAUUGGAAGUCACUGUUUGCUCACUCCUUGGUGCACACAUUUUAUGUUCAACAUCAGUUAUCUGAAGGAGGCUCCAUGAAACCCUGGAAUUUGUUUAGAGGUACCUCUACAUACUGUGUUAGAGUGCUGUUUUGUGCGUUGUAGGUUCGCACAAAACCAAAUUGCACCUUGUAAUAUACCCUUUGACUGUUUACUACAAUUAAAGUUGCAAUGAAACAUUGGCCACGAGAGGUGACUCGGCCAAAGUGGCCAACAAAUUCCUCACAUAGUUUUCUCCAUGGGUCAUUUUGGAUGUUGACAAAUUUUCUUGUGAAUAAUGAGUGUUAUGCACAUAUGUUUCUUCUACUUUUCAGACAGGUACUUCAGUUAGAUAAACCCCAGCAAAAGCAGCAAGAGAGUCUCGUAGGGUCACACCAAGGAUAAUGGCAUUCCUGCUCGAGUCCCGGGUCUUCUCACCGAACUUCACUGAGCAUAAUGGCGGUCGGCGGAGAAAGAAGUCACGAGCUGGCGCGAGACAGUGCGUGCUGAGCGAGGCUGGAGCUGGGCAGGAACAUCGGAGCCGGGCUGCCUGGCUUGGAGCGGUCCACCAGCGAGGUUCAAACCGGACCGGUAGAAGCGGCGAGUCCUGGCCAUCUAGCCUAGGCCACGACGAUCCCGGGGUGGUUCCGCAGCGAGACUCGGGCAGUGAUAGCCCGGGACAGCCAGCCUACGCAGCGCUGGCAUGGGAAGGACGAUCCGCAGGCCUGGACACUGACUGUGAGCUCUGAUCGACGGACGACAACAAGGGUCGGCAUGCCUGGACUGCUGGCUCUGAACGACGGGCAACCGUGAGGAUAUGUGCAGGUAUUCUUCGCAACAAAUGGCUGCCAAUCAUGAACACGAGUUUGUUCUCGGCCACCAAGAGCAAGUAUUUUCAAGGUCUUGGUGGCAAGCACCAGCCAAUCAAGGCCAGAAGUUUGCUCUUUGCCGCUCAUCGCAAGUGUUUUCAAGUUUCCACGGCCCACAAGCCAGCAGGCGCCAGUUCAUUCUUGUUCAAAGUUUGUCCCAGUUUCCACGGCCUACAAGCAAGCAAGCACCAGUUCGUUUUUCCUCAAAGUUUCUACAUGGCUACAGCUAGCAGGUGCUGCUUUCAUUAAAAGUAAAUGCCAGAUCCUCCAGUUCAGGAAUAUGUUAAAUAUAUUUGGUAUGGAUAA